CACCUUUUGCAGGCCUAAACCGGGCCCCAAAGCCAAGAGCCCCGGAUUUUCCACGCUUCGAUGGCUGAAGGUGUCGAUGCAAGCGCUUCCGAAGCGCGGGACAUCGAUGCCGCGGCCAAGGCCAGCGACGCACUGCCCGAGAGAACAGACGGUGAUGCCGGCGCCCUGAGCGUGAGCCAAAGGCUUCGCGCUUCGGGUCCUUGAUGACCUCCGCCUCGAGUCUCAGGCAGAAGGCAAGCCCCUUCCUGAGCAAGGCGCGGCAGGCCAUCGUGGAGGAGGCCAAGCUUUUGUCGGAGGACGCCAAGGACAUCGCGGGAGGCGUGCGCGAGGGCAUGCAGCUCACCCGCCAGGACUUGAAGGCCUCCACCAAGGGCUGGCGCAGCGCCUUGGGCGCCAAACUCCGCCGGGAGCCCAGCCCCGAGGCAGCGGCCAGCGCUUCGGCCCAGUCCGAGGACCGGCCCAGUGGAUUGGAGGCGAUGAAGCAAAACCUGGCCAACACUGCCCGGGAUGUGUCCGAGCUUCGCCAGGAAGUCAUGAACGAGGUCCGGCUCAGCGUGAGCGACCUCCGGCAGGUCACCCAGCAGGUGUGGAGAGGUUCAGAUGCCGCCGACGGCGAGGAGUCGCCCAAAGAGUCCAAGGGCCUUGACAAAGUCAAGGCGGUUUUCCGGAAGGCGGGGGACCUGCGGCGGAAGGAGCCCUUUUGGCUGCUGCCCUCCACCCAGGCGAACUACGUGCAGCUGCAGCGAGGUGAGUCCAAGGCCGAAAAAGUGCGCUCCCUCGGGGGCAAGCUGAAGGGCAGCCUCGCCAAGAAGAGCCGCGAGGUGAGCAGCAACGUGGCCAGCUUUGCCCAGGACAUCCGGCAGAAGCGGGAGGCCUGGAAGGAGAAGGGUGACCAGCACGAGGAGGAGCCGAGCGACCUGGGGGACUCCAUCUUCGCCAUCGGCUCCGAUGAGGAGUGGGACUCCGAGACCGAGGGCUCCACAGAUGCGAACACGGCCCCGAGCAAGGGCGGCCGCGUGCAGUCGGAGGAGGAGGCGACAGAGCUGUCAUAGCUGGACAGGCUUUGAAGUAGCCCUAUGGGUUGCUAGGUCCCCCAGUAGCGCCCUUUGACCA